AGCGGAGUCUGAGCUCUGCUGCAUCUGUCACAGCAGAACAAAAUUAAAUACACAACAGUGGAAGAGAAACGCUGCAGACUAUGGGACGCUGUAGGACUUUCUGAAACAUUUGCUGGGGAUUUCUGUGAAGCAUGAUCUUUUAAAACGAAUUCUUUUGGAAGCCGGUUUGGGUAACUGGGAAAAUGACACAUAUGCUAAAUGCAGCAGCUGAUCGAGUGAAAUGGACCAGAUCGAGUGCUGUUAAGAGGGCUGCCUGCCUGGUGGCUGCGGCAUAUGCUCUGAAAACCCUCUAUCCCAUCAUUGGCAAGCGUUUAAAGAAAUCUGGCCACGGGAAGAAAAAAGAAGCAGCUUACCCUGCUGCAGAGAACACAGAAAUACUGCAUUGCACCGAGACCAUUUGUGAAAAACCUUCGCCUGGAGUGAAUGCAGAUUUCUUCAAACAGCUACUAGAACUUCGGAAAAUUUUGUUUCCAAAACUUGUGACCACUGAAACAGGGUGGCUCUGCCUGCACUCAGUGGCUCUAAUCUCAAGAACUUUUCUUUCUAUCUAUGUGGCUGGUCUGGAUGGAAAAAUCGUGAAAAGCAUAGUGGAAAAGAAGCCUCGGACUUUCAUCAUCAAAUUAAUCAAGUGGCUUAUGAUUGCCAUCCCUGCUACCUUCGUCAACAGUGCAAUAAGGUACCUGGAAUGCAAAUUGGCUUUGGCCUUCAGAACUCGCCUAGUAGACCACGCCUAUGAAACCUAUUUUACAAAUCAGACUUAUUAUAAAGUGAUCAAUAUGGAUGGGAGGCUGGCAAACCCUGACCAAUCUCUUACGGAGGAUAUUAUGAUGUUCUCCCAAUCUGUGGCUCACUUGUAUUCCAAUCUGACCAAACCUAUUUUAGAUGUAAUCCUGACCUCCUAUACACUCAUUCAAACUGCUACAUCCAGAGGAGCAAGCCCAAUCGGGCCCACCCUACUAGCAGGACUUGUAGUAUAUGCCACUGCUAAAGUGUUAAAAGCCUGUUCUCCCAAAUUUGGCAAACUGGUGGCAGAGGAAGCUCAUAGAAAAGGCUAUUUGCGGUAUGUGCACUCCAGAAUUAUAGCCAAUGUAGAAGAAAUUGCCUUUUACAGAGGACAUAAGGUAGAAAUGAAACAACUUCAGAAAAGUUACAAAGCUUUAGCGGAUCAGAUGAACCUCAUUUUAUCCAAACGUUUGUGGUACAUCAUGAUAGAACAGUUCCUGAUGAAGUAUGUUUGGAGCAGCAGUGGACUAAUUAUGGUGGCUAUACCUAUUAUCACUGCAACUGGCUUUGCAGAUGGUGAGGAUGGCCAAAAGCAAGUUAUGGUUAGUGAACGGACAGAAGCCUUUACCACUGCUCGAAAUUUACUGGCCUCUGGAGCUGAUGCUAUUGAAAGGAUUAUGUCUUCAUACAAAGAGGUCACUGAAUUAGCAGGCUACACUGCUCGAGUGUACAAUAUGUUUUGGGUCUUUGAUGAAGUAAAAAGAGGCAUUUAUAAGAGAACUGCUGUCAUUCAAGAGUCUGAAAGCCAUAGCAAGAAUGGAGCUAAUGUAGAAAUACCUCUCAGUGACACAUUGGCAAUUAAAGGAAAAGUUAUUGAUGUGGAUCAUGGAAUUAUUUGUGAAAAUGUUCCCAUAAUUACACCAGCAGGAGAAGUGGUGGCUUCCAGGCUAAACUUCAAAGUAGAAGAAGGAAUGCAUCUUUUGAUAACUGGUCCCAAUGGUUGUGGGAAAAGUUCUCUCUUCAGAAUUCUAAGUGGGCUCUGGCCUGUGUAUCAAGGAGUCCUCUAUAAACCACCUCCUCAACAUAUGUUUUAUAUUCCACAAAGGCCAUAUAUGUCUCUUGGAAGUCUUCGGGAUCAAGUCAUUUACCCUGAUUCAGUGGAUGAUAUGCAUGAUAAAGGUUAUACAGACCAAGAUCUGGAACGUAUCCUACACGAUGUCCAUCUCUAUCACAUAGUUCAAAGAGAAGGAGGAUGGGAUGCUGUUAUGGACUGGAAAGAUGUCCUGUCAGGAGGGGAAAAGCAAAGAAUGGGCAUGGCUCGUAUGUUUUAUCAUAAGAAAUACCACACACAUUUAUUACAGUUUGAUGGUGAAGGAGGUUGGCGCUUUGAACAAUUGGAUACUGCUAUCCGUUUGACAUUGAGUGAAGAAAAACAAAAGCUAGAAUCUCAGCUAGCUGGAAUUCCCAAAAUGCAGCAGAGACUCAAUGAACUAUGUAAAAUUUUGGGAGAAGACUCAGUGCUGAAAACCAUUAAAAAUGAAGAUGAGACAUCUUAAUUUGUUUUGACAUAUUUUAAAACUUAAUUAUUAGACAAAGGCUCAAAGACAUUCUGUUACACUGCAUGAAGUAUGUUAAGCUAAGCACAGAGAAAAAAAGGCAGCAAGACAUGUUUUAUAAGAUUUUAGCAUUAAGGAAGUAUAUGAUCUGACUUUUCAGAAGAAAAUAAACAAAUGCAUUAUGUAAGGUCAGUCAUUAUGACUUAUACUAAUUCCUAGUGAAGGCCUAAUUCACUUGUAAAACAGGAUUUUCUAGGUGAAUUCAUGAUGAAUACCAGAUUUACUAUGUAUUUGUGGUGUGUCUGAAGUUCUUAACAAACAUGGGAGAUAUUCUGGAAACAAAACAAGUUAAACUGAGCAGCAUUUGGGUGGAUACCAAGUGCAUAAAAUUCAAACUUUGAGUGACAUUUAGUCCAUUUAUGGUUGAUAUUAGGUUUAAUAGCUAGAAUUCAAAUUGAUUAUUGCUAGUGGCCAACUAAACCUGUACAAAAUAGUUGACAGUUUUAUAAAUAAUUUCAAUAUAAAAAUUGUUUUAAUGGCAGUUGUUGAAAGAAAAAAGCAUGGUUAAAAUGUAUAAAAUGGCCAUAUUUUUAAAUUUUGGACUUUAAGCAUCUAAUGAGGGCAUAUAACAAAUUAAUUUUAGUACAAAUCUUACAUAUUUUUAAUAAACCCUUUCAUUUUAAAAAGAGAGUUGCCAAUACAGAAAAGGAGUAUCCAAACAAUGUCUCAACCUGAUAAUUUCCUUAGUAGAAUUACCUAUUGCAACUUCUGUUCAGAAAUACACAGCUUGUUUUUUUGCCCAAGGAUGAGUCUACAUUUUAAGAACUGCAGUGGUAUAAAAGAACUUAAGGAUUCUGAGAAUCAUAGUAAUAACAUACAGUAGAACAGUACUUUAUAAUUUACAAUCCCCAUUUACAUCAUUUCACCUUAAUGUUUAUGACAAUGUUUUGAGACAAAUACUAUUUUUCCUACUUUGCUUUUGAGAAAAUUGACGCUCAGACUUGCCCUAAUCAUGCACUUUACUUAAGGAAAGAUUGAGAAAUCAAAUGAAGUUCUCCUGACUCCCUGGUUUAGUGCUCUUUUGUUAUUAUCCUUUAAAUCAAACUGGGCUAUAAUAGCAAUAAAAGUUAGAUGAGGUGUAGAAAAUAAAAUAAAUUUAGUAAUGUUAGUCUUAUUUUUGUUUGGUUAUUGUUUACAAGAAAUGAAAAUUAAGUACAAAGUGCAAAGAUCAUUGUUCUGUGGUUUAAAGUGAAACAAGAAAGUUAGUAAAUCAUUCAGCAACUAUGCAGUCUUACUCAAUAUUAAUGUACCUCUAAGGCAUUAGCAAUGAGAAGGGCAAAUAAUUAUGGUUUUGGUAAAUUUAAUAUUCACUGAACAUAAUGAGAAAUACUCUAUAUGGACUAGUCAUAUGAAAUAGAUUUUAUUCUAUUUGUGUGCACUGGAGUUGGAAAGCCAAGACUGAAACUUUAUCUCUUGCUGCUUAUGAUACCACUUUGAUAUACCAGAAGAAUGUUGGAAUGAUCAGUUGUUAGUGGCCUAGGAUUUUAUUUGCCUGUUGAGACACAGCCACAAUAGAUGUUAAGUCUGUGAUUCUUAGACUUUUCAGGUGAUAGAGUACCUGGAAGUCAUUCAUAAUGAUCGUUAUAGAACAUCAUAACAUUUCUACAUUUUCAAUUCUGCCAUGAUAACUAGUGCAUUUUUAAUUUUCAAUAAAUGUAACCAGCUUACAUGAAGGAAUGCAAUAUAAAAUUAUAAUCAGUACAUUUGUCCAACAUUUUCUGUUAGUAUUAUCACCUACUUAUUUAUCAGUCACUAAUAUUUCCUGUUAGAAAAGUGAAGCAAGAAUUAAAGAUUUUUUUAAGAAGCAUGGAACCAAAACUUAAACUUGCUAAAAAUUAUUCAUUAAUCUUUUCUACAUAAGUGAUUAUCCAGUUUAUACUGCUAUAAGGGGAAAAGUUUGAGGCAAGUGUUUUAACUUUUAAAGGUACAAGAAGAAAAUGAAAAAUCCUCAUGUGAAAAAUGUGUAUAAUUUUCAAGCCUUAAUUUUCAUAAUAUAAAAAUAAAACAUAAUUUUAAAAAACCUGAUAAUUUUGUUUUGAAACAUUGAAAAGAAUGCCAAAACAAAUAUUAGAUUUGUAAUUAGUCAUUAUUUAAUAUAUUUUACCCAUGAGCUAAAGCAAAAAAGACUCAUUAUUUAUAAUGUACAGGAUUCAGAGAUGCAUAAAAUUCUGUAUUAAAAACUAUAUACACUGUAAUUUAAAUGUUAAAGUUCUAAUAUGCACAUGUUUUCCAUUAGCUUUUUGUGCCUAUUUGUUUUCUGAAUUUAUUUUUCGGGACCAAUAUCCUUAACUUGGAGGGGAAAACAUCUCUGAUUUGAACUUGUAUUUAUGUACCAUUCAAUUGUUUCCAACUGGUCCAAUGGGUAUUACCAUAUUUUACUACUCUUAUAUUUUACGAAAAACAUGAAAAAGACUGAGAAACUAGCCAUUUUUGAAUACAGCAAGGGAUAUAUGAGGAAAGGAAAAAGGAAAGAAUAUUUCAAGUCUCAAACUGCUUUUACCAUGUUAUAUCUAUUUGUCCAAACGUUUGACAUAUUUUUGGUCAAACAAAAAGCUAUAAGUUUAUGGAGCUUGAGUUUAACAUGUGCAUUCUUUAGGUUAACUCUUAAACUUGAAAAAUAAGUUGCAUUCUAUGAAAAUGUUGCAUUAUAUUUCUACAGCAUGUAAUAUUAUGCCAAGCAUGAGUCUAAAACAGUUUGUGUUCUUGUAAGCAGGAUAAUGUGUAAUUAUCCCUCUCAAAUAAUCUCAAGAAAAAAAAAAAAAACUCAAAUUUAGAUUUGUUUACAGUGGGAAUGGUUUUCUCUUGAUAGAAAUUUGGUUUUUGUCUCAAGUUUUGGUCUGUCAGUAAAGGCAUAAAUGAAUAUAUUAGUUUUUAUUUGAAACAUUGGUUCCAAGUAUAGUUUAAUAUUUGGCAAUAGAUUCAUCCUAUUCUAAUAUGUUUGGAAUAGCUUUUUGAUUCAAUAAGUCUAGAAAAAUCUGUUACACAUUGAAACCCAAGUCCAGAGAAUGUUACACACUUCUGAUAUAUGCAUAAAAUGAUGGUAAAGGUUAUUAAAUCAUUGAUUUAAAAAGAUGACUUUGAUAUAAUUACUUUAUGGGCAAAAUUGUACUCAUUUAGAAGUGAAAAGUACUUUCACAUAGCCUAGGCUAUUUACAGCUCUGAUUAUAUACAUUUAGAUAUGUUGAAUAUGUUUUGGGGUUGUACUUCUAAUGUUUACCACAUGAGCGCUUUCAGGUGGAUGUAUAAAAUAUUUUUUUAAAAACCAAUUUCUUCUUCAUUGUUGAUGCUUUUCCUGAUUACCAAGUUCAGGGCUGGUUUACAUUUCAUAUUGUGAAAUUUUCAAAACAAUGGUCUAUUUAUAAGCCAGAAUUGUAUUAAUGAAAAUGAAUGAGAAAAAUGUCCUUAAAGGUAAAAAUCAUUAUGUAGCUAAAUGAGAUUGUGGCUGUGUGUGAGUACAUUAUAAUAUAAUUUCCAUCUGAUGUGUAUUUACUUGAACUCAUCAUUCCUUAUGAAUUCCUUAACCAUUAAGAAAAAGACUAGAGUAAUCAAAGGAAUCACAAAUUAUUCCAUUUGUACAAAAUACCCUGUUUCUAUACUUUAAAUGGCCAUGUUGGGUAUAUACCUAUAUACACCUUACUUAUACAUUGGAUUGUAUAUAACCGUGUGUAGAACUAUAGACAAUAGUCACCAAAUAUUUAAAUAUUAAUUUUCUUUAUUAAUACAACACAUUUAUUAAGUAUCUACCUAUGCCAGGCACUGUGCUAAGUUCUAUUACUAAAUAAAAUUCAGUCCCUGUCCGAAGAUGCUUGUGACCAUUGAAAAUUAGGAAAACGAAUGCCCUCAGUCAGACAAAAAGUCAACAGCUGUAUUUAUUAUUAGUAUUUACCAAGUAGGCACAAAUCAUUGCAUUUACAGACUCACCAAAUCUUCACAAAAUGCUAAUUUAAUAAAAGAGGAAAAUGAGGAGAGAAAGGUUAAGUAAUUAAUCCAACCUCAUACAAUAUCCAAACUAUAGAGCUGGAAUUUGAUACCAGCAAUAUUUGAUUAUAAAGCCUAUGCAAGUCCUUAUAACCUUCUUUUAAUUAGUUUAGGUCAUUUGUCAUUAUUACUAUUUUUAACAUAAAUAUUAAGUAUAAUUUUUACUGACUCAAGGUUUCUGGUUAACCAAACAGGUAGAUCCACUUUUCAUCUAAAAAGGGAAUUUAUGUUACACUUUAUAUUUGUAUUUUUUUUAUUUUAAAUUAUGGGUGUGGUCCUAUGGGAGAGGGAGAACAUAAGGCAAAUUUUCAAAAGUUUUGAGACCCUGGUUGUCAUUAUUCAUUCGCUGAUUCAGUAAAUACUUGUUGACACUUCCAGGUACCAGUUACUGUGCUAGGGAUUCAGAGAUUAACAAGACAGUCCUUGUCAGAGCCCUCAUGAAAUAUUUUACUAUAUCAAUAUUAAACAAAUGUAUGCCUGUUAGAUGUUGUGGCUCCAUAUAAAUGACUGACUUGUUUUGUAGUAUCUUCUCAGCUCUUGUAUUUUCUAUCUAAGAUCACUCUGUUGCAAUUUAAGUGAUAAGCAUACUCUGGCAGCAGGAUUCCCUCAAUAAUACACUUUUGGGCUUCAUAAUCCUCAUGAUUUUUAACUUGGGCUAUUACAAGUUCCAAUAAAACCAGUCCAUAGGACUAUAUCAUCCUUCACCAGUAGAUGGUCCCAUGUAUUUAGCAUGUUGUCUUGAAACCUAAGAAACAGCUUCUCAAGUUCAGAUCAUGUAAAAUGAGCCUGUUUUAUACAUUCAAAGGUAAGUCUCUUAUGUUACCACAAAAUGCAGAUAAACAUAGCAGGAAAGUUCUAAAAAGCAAAAGAAAAAUCAACAAUUACAGUUGUAUAAUAAACAAGAAUUCCAAACUUAAUAAUAUUUAAAGUUACAUAAUUUGUCUCAGUACUUGUGACCCAAUAUAGAAACAAAAAGAUUAAGUAUUCACUUAUGAGUUUUUAUGUGAUUUAAUAUUAUACCUAAAAAUUAUGUAGCAAUGAAGCAAUGAAAUAUUGAUAAACAUAAAAUAAUAUUAACUUGGCUAUAUCAUUUAAUUUUAGUCAGUUUAAUCCAUAUAAAUAAGGGAUAACCUUAUAUAUGAAGUAUA